UUAUAAAUAGAACUAAUAAACAUUAUAAUAUAAUAUGUUUAUUAAAUCAAUGAACAAAUUGUUGUUUUGAUUAAGGUAUGUUCAAAAUUUCAAAUGAUACCUAACCUGUUUGUUCACAAUAACGAAAAUUAAUAAUUGGCAAUCAUUUGUAAUCCAAACUUACAUCGCCACAUCGGUGGUUGAUCGAUAUUGUUCUAAUAUUUAUACUAGUCUACAAUUUACACUUUACAACCUAGCUACAUAAUUACGAGUGCAAAUUUUUUGACGUUAACUAUUACCAGACGACUUGUAAGAAUUUAAUACUUAUACCUAGUAUUACCUACCUACAAUUUCGUUAAAAUGGAACAGCAAAAUAACGAGUUAUUUGAUAUAGACAGUGAUGAAAGUAUAAUAAAUGUAUUAACAAACAUGAGUUAUAAUAGUGUUCACUCAUUUCAACACACAAAUAAUAAUUCUACUGGCGAAUUUCAAAUUCCCAUUGAGUCUUCAGAUGAUAAAUCUAAUUAUGAGGACAAUUUGAUGUUAAAAAAACUUCUCACAGACUGGAAACUUGAAAUUGUAUAUCAAAGAUGUUUAGAUCAGGAAAUUGAUGUUGAAACAUUACAGUACAUACAAAAUCAUCAUAUACCAAUGUUAUUGAAAGGUUUUAAACUUGGUGUCAUGAUAAGAUUUGAGCAUUAUGUGAAGAAAUAUCAAAACCUUUCAAAUAAUCAUAGUGAUAUACCAGAAAUAAAUUCAAAAAUUACUGCAACAAAUGAGUUACCUUGUACUUCAGUUCAACCUGAGGCUUUUGAAAAAAAAAAGGAAAAUAUUGAACUAGUACAAAUGUUAUCAAAUAAUACUCAAGGUUCUUUAAUAUUUGACUAUUUUAAAAACCAUAACAUGUUAAAUGAAAGUUGCCGAAAUUUACUGAUUGAGAUUAUCAUAAGUGAUUUAAUAAAGAAGGACUUGACUAUGACAAUAAAAUUAGCAAAUUAUAUUGCUGAUGCUAUUGUUACUGUUUUUCCAUCUGAAAUAAAAGAUGUUUAUUUUAUCAAGGACUCAAUAAACAAAAGUCCUAAAGGUAAAUUAUACAGUAAAUAUUUUAAUACAGUACGUACUAUGAAACAAAAUGGAUUAAUAUCGAUUGUUCAUAAAGAGCCAAGUCAAUUAAAAACAAAUGUGUCCCGUACCAUGGAUGUCCUGAACAACUCUUUUGAAAUUGAACCUGAAUCAGAACAAUAUAGUUCUUAUUUAUCAGAUAAAGAUAUGACUUGGAUGGAAAUCGAAGACAUUUGGAGAAAAACUAUAAAUUAUAGACUUCAUUUCCUCAAAAAUAAUAAUCCAACAGAAAUAUUUAAUAAAUGGCAGCAUUAUAAGAAACCAAUGGGCUAUAAACUAAUAGAUAUUGAUUUCCUACGCAUUCAUACUAAUUGUAACAAUUUCGGAAUGGCAUUUGAAAACUCAUCAUCCAAAUUGAUUUCUAUUUUAAAUCUUAGAGUGAAAGAUGGUGGAAGCAAAAAAUUAUUGGAGACGUUAAAAAAUACUACAAAUAUAUCAGAUAAUUCAAAAACUCUAAUUAUAAUGUACUUACUACAUAGUAUUUUUAUUCCAACAUCGAGAAAAGUCACUUUAGAUGAUAAUGGCAAAAAAUCAUACACCAAAUACAGCAUUAAAGAUUCACAAAACACAUUUAUUAAAAUAUGCGAUACAUCAGCAGAAAUGGAAGCGUUAAUUGUUAAAUUGGGGCAAAAAGGGGCUAUUUCACCUUGCAUCUUGGUAAUUGGCUCGCUAAAUGACCCCAAACAAAUAUUGGUUUAUUUUGAUAACAUUAAAUAUGUUGUAUUUUCUUCAUCAAAAGCGUUUGAUAUCUGCUUUAAAAUAUACCACGUUUUUAAUAUUGAAUAUCCCAUGGAAUCAAUUGAUGUAUGGCAAUUCAUCCAAACAUUCUUUUAUAAUAUACAUACUAAAUAUGAUAAGACUUCUAGUUUAGUAAAACAAGUAACUGCAGAAUUAAAACAUUAGUAUUUUAUCAGCAAUAUGUUUUUUGUAUUAUUUUUUUAUUGAAAUGAAGUAUUU